AUGGGCCGGUUCUUAGCAGCGCUCUCGCUCGUGGCGAGCUGCGUCACCGCGCAGAGCAUAUUCAACCUCAGCGAUGUUUCAUGGACGGUCAGCAACGGUGUCAACGCCACCGUCCCGGGCAAGCUUCCCUCGUAUGCCCACAUUGACUUGCUGGCUGCCGGCGUCAUUGACGAUCCCAUAUAUGGCUUCAACGAGUGGAAUCAAUUUUGGGUUCAGCGAAUGAACUGGACAUACACGUCCGGGCCUAUCAAGGGACUCAAAUCUGGCAACGGGUUGACUUCAUGGCUCGUCUUUGAAGGUCUCGAUACCUUUUGCGAGAUCAAGCUCUGCGGCCAGAAAGUUGGCGACACCAAGAACCAGUUCCGCAAAUACACCUUUGAUGUCUCUGACAUCCUGCCAAAAUGCGAGGGCGACCCCGUUCUCAGCUUAAACUUUGGCUCUGCGAGCAAGAUCGUGCUCGACAUUUCCCAGCGCAGCGAUCUGUGUAUGUUGCUCUCCACGCCUGGCCGAGUCUACAUGCGAAAGCAGGAGAGCGACUUCGGUUGGGAUUGGGGCCCGCAGUUUGCCCCAGCCGGUCCGUGGCGCCCGGCGUACAUCGUGCAGAAGGCCAAGACGGAUCCCGUCUACAUCACCAACACGGCCAUCGACAUCUAUCGCCAGGGUCAGAUGCCCAACCUGUCGCCCGAUCAGUCCAAGCCUUGGGUCUUCAACGCCAGCAUCGACUACAUCGGUACACUGCCCAAGGGCUCCCAGUUUCACGUCAAGAUUGUCGACAGCAAGGGCCACACGCUCAAAGAGGCCAAUCUGGUCGGCAUCACCCAAAAUAACGGGACCAUCACCGGCAGCACCUCCAUCAACACCAAGGUCGACCUGUGGUGGCCUUCUGGCUACGGCGAGCAGACACUGUACACCGCGACGCUGUCUCUCAUCAGCGCCGGAGUUCCCAAGCAUGCCACCGUGACCAAGCGUGUUGGCUUCCGAACCAUCGUCCUCAACCUCAACGCCAUCACUGAUGCAGACAAGGCCAAGGGCGUCGCUCCCGGAGCCAGCUGGAAGUUCGAGAUCAACGGCCACGAGAUGUACGCCAAGGGCUCCAACUUUGUCCCUCCCGACGUCUUCUGGCCCCGUGUCAACCAAACGAAGAUCAAGGAGACAUUCGAGUUGGCCGUCAACUCCCAUUUCAACAUGAUGCGAAUCUGGGCCUCCGGAGCCUAUCUCCCCGACUGGGCGUAUGACCUGGCCGACAAGAUGGGUCUGCUGCUCUGGUCCGAGUUCCAGUUCUCUGUCGCAUACUUCCCUGCCACGCCCGACUUCCUUGCCGAGUAUGAGGCCGAAGCAUACUACAACACCCGCCGUGUGAAUCACCAUCCCAGUCUAGCUCUGUGGGCCGGAGGCAACGAGCUCGAGUACCUCAUCUAUGGCUGGUGGCUCAACCCGCGAAACAACACUCAGCUGGAGGACUAUGAGACCAUCUUCCAGCAGCAUCUCGCCAAGUGUGUGUACGCCAACACCCACUCCAUCAGCUAUAUCCCCUCUUCCACCUACCACGGAUAUACUUCGCUCGACUUUAACUCCGUCAGUCCCCAGACCUCGCGAUACGAUUACAUGGAGAGCCCCGAUGCAAUCUAUGCUGACACCGACUUCUACAACUAUGACGGCAGCAUUGCUUUCCAGUACAGCGGCUACCCCGUUGGUCGUUUCGCCGAUGAGUUUGGCUUCCCUUCCAUGCCGUCUGUCUACUCCUGGAGAGAUGCGAUCCCCGAAAGCGAGUUCAACUUCGACUCGUCAUAUGUCCGCCAUCACAACCGUCACCUCAGCGGCGGCAGCGACUUUUUCUCAUCCUCCGCGAACGGCAUCAACCAGUUUACCGACAGCAUCAAGCUGUGGUACCCGCUCCCUCAGCUGCCGGAUCCCGUGGCCAACUUCACUGCCUGGACGUGGACCUCGCAGGUGUUCCAGGCCGAUUACUACCAGGCCCAGAUCGCCUUUUACCGACGUGGAUCGGGGCUCCCCAACAGACAGAUGGGCUCUCUGUACUGGCAAUUCAACGACAUCUGGGUUGGCCCGACCUGGUCCAGCACCGAACACAGCUUGCGCCAAAAGGUGGCAUACUAUGCCGCCAAGGACAUCUUCAACCCCGUCAUUGUCUGGCCCUUUUACGACGAGGCCACCGAUGUCUUGGAGGUCUGGGUUGUUUCUGAUCUGUGGGAAAAGGUUUCUGGAACUGCCACCUUCCAGUGGGUUGACUGGGAGGGCAAUGCAUUGGAUGUUGAUCCUCCCGUCCAUGUCAACCCUGCUCGCGAUGGAUCAUUCGAGGUCAACUUUGACGUGCAGCCCAUCAAUGCCACUCGGCUAGUUACGUAUCCCGCCCUGUCGACCUUCUUCGCCUGCAAGAACCCCUCGUCCAAUGCGCUGCUCUCCAUCUCCAUCAAGGCCGGUGAAUAUACUCACUCCAAGUUCUUCCACCCUCAGAGCCUCCGAUUGAGCAGCAUUGCCGAUCCGGGCCUGGUCAUGACCAAGUCGCUUCGUGGAAAGACUGCCCAGUUCAAAAUCACCGCCACCAAAGGUGUUGCGGCAUGGGUCUGGGUUGACUACCCCUCCACCGUGAGGGGAUACUUUGACCAGAACGGCUUCUGGCUCAACAAGGGCGAGAGCCGUACUAUUACCUUUACAGUGUGGGACGACUGGUCCAGUGGCGCGUGGAUCAACGACGUCGUGUUGCGAUCCAUCUAUGACAACGUUGACAAGUAG